CUGAAUUAUAAUGACGUCGAAUUCUAGGAACUGGUUUUGGAAACGACGGGUCAUUAGAUGGGAGUGAUAGAAUGUCAAAUAUCAUGGCCAACUCAGUGUUACUAUUAAUAGAAACUGACUGAUGACUGACCGGGAUCCCUAAUAUCUUAGGAUUUCCCAAAUUGAGAUGUAGUUGACUAUAAAGGAUCAAGCAAAGCGAUGUAUGUCAUUACUGAUCAAACUUAAGCAAACAUCAACGGUUAACAAAGCAGCUACUUAGCAGUAAACAAUAUUUGAUUUAAAAAAGACAAAGUCAAUAGCUCGAACAUAAAAUAUCACAAUUUAUAUUGCUCGCUAAGGAAAAGAUUAUUACAAAGCUAUCAAACCGAAAUAACAUUAAAAGUAAAAUUUCAAACUCAUUAAAAACAAUGGCAUUUAUUUUCGACGCUGCAUUAACUACGAUGGUGCUGGUUGCUGCCUUAUUCGCCCGAGUCUAUUCUGCGCCAGUACCGGGGAAUACACCAACAUGGAACAACCCAUGUGGAGAUGGCACAUCCCUAACGGACCCCGACACUACCGCUGAUCCAGCUUGGGCAUCUGUCGCACCCGGAGACGUAACACAUUCAGAGUACUACAACGAAGUUUCAAAAGCAGCUGGCCGAGCCAAGCGAAGCGUAGAAGACCUUCAGAAUCAAUUUGUUGUGAAAGGACGGAUCAGUACAAGACGAAUAAGCAGCAUCGCAAACAUGAAUUUGGACCACAUGCCUGUUGCCCCGGCUCUCUCCGAAGCCAAGGAGAUGGCACAUCAUGAGGAUUCAUUGAGAAGAGCAAGAACGGCCCUAUCUGAGGUCAGUGUUUUCGUGAAACACAUGAUCGAGGAAGAAGAAAACGUGUUUAUCGGACAUACCGCCUCGUCCCUUUUGGCUGAAAUGAAAUCACUCGAACAGAAAUACUUGUACGGCGGAGUAAUGUGCAAUGUUCACCACACCAUGAUUGCAACUAAAGUAAGCCACGACUUCGACUUUGCUCACGAGAGUCAAAUCAGAGACUCGAUCGUAGAUCUUUUAGGCGAGGAGGAAUACCGUAACAUGGUAAACUUCAUCAUAUUAAGAGACAUGGGGAAACUUUUCGAAUUCCAUGAACUGGAGUUUGUUGAAUUGGCAAAGAUAGCCGCUUCAUAGACAGAAGCAAAAUUCAUGCUUUCAUUCCACAAUCUCCAUGGUAAUAUGGACAAAAACAAAAUGUACAUAUAUUUAUUUUAUUUAUUUGUGUAAAGCCCAACAGUUGAUGCGGUUCUAUGGACCAAGAUUAUAAUUUAUACCAAUAGAAAAUAGACAUUUCAUUUCGACGUCCGUAUUGUACAGUGUACACAUACAAUCGGUAAUAUUUAGUAAGUAAAAUAUGACUGUCCAAAUAUGGACUUUUUAGAAAUCUAAUAGCGACACCUAUAUUGUUCAAAACCUCAUCAACGUUCAGCCGAGUGCAAGUAAUGCACCUGAAUCUAGUACUACAAUGUACUAGAGUGCGGGCUUUAAAUUACAAGUAGAUCAUAUUGGUCGAAAUAUUGUAGAAUCUCCUUGCAUGUGUCAUGUGAGGAGGAUUCAUAUAAAAUGUUUUGUAUUUAUUGUAGUCAUAAAGUAGAAGUAGAUAGUUUAUUUAGAAUAGUUAUUUAGAUAUUAUAUGAGUGAUUACGUUGAACUGAUAUCAUCACAUAUCUCACGGUAUGGUGAUUACGUCAUAAUCAGGGGAAAUUGAUAUAUGUAAGGAUUCCUGUGGUAUCAUAUGAUUCCGAGUGAUAUCACUUAGAUAUAAGUCUGUUGUAUGUUGAUCUGAUAUUCCACGAUUUAGGUUCAUAAUCAUGAACCGUAACCGCAUAUAUAUAAUAUUUAGUAAUGUGGUAGUAAUAUGACAUAUGUAAGAUAUACUGUAGUUAUUUAAUUUUAUCAACUUAUUUUUGCACAAUCACCGAAAAUGUUCUCACAAAUAUAUCCACAUAUAUUAUUUAUUUUUAUAAAAAAUGCAGUGAUAUACUUUUAAUACAUGAUAAAAUGUAUCCAUUUUUACAAAUCAGUCAUUUAUAUUAUAAUAUAUAUUGCAGUGAUAUUACCCAUGUAGAUGUAGUAUUAUAGCCUAUUGGCACCAUCGAGUGCUUGAAGUUCAUACUAUACAUGUGCAAUGUAUUAUUCAGAUAAGAUAACUUAUUUAUUUAAUAUAUAAACUAUUUUAACAUGAUACUCCUGUAUGUAUAACGUAUAAUUUAUAUAUUAAGCGGUACAUGCUGUACGUUUAUACAUAUUGAUCAGAGAUAUUGUUUGCUCAAGGAACCAAAGUGCGAAAAUGUUUAGUCACGAGUUUACAGUAAGUUGCUCAUUAUGGCUUGUUGUUAUUAUUUAAUUGUCAUACACGCACAAAUGACAUGACAUCAAACUGAUUGUACAUAUCGAUUAAAUUAUUUACUUGAAAUAAAUUAAAUUUAAAAAAU